AUGUCAGCUACUGAAGAAUUCAAGUCAAUCGACCCAAGCAAUGGCCAGUUCGUCAAGGCAUACUCCACGGCAACAGACGCAGAGGUCUCUGCUGCUCUCGACAAAGCGCACAAUGCCUACACCAAAGCCUGGCGAUCUACCCCUGUGACCGAGCGCGCAAGAAUUCUUACCAAACUUGCAAAUUUGAUCCGCCAGAACAAAAAGGAAAUGGCAGAGAUUGGUGUCACAGAAAUGGGCAAGCUCAUUGCGCAAAUGGAGGGCGAGAUCGACUUCAUCAUCUCAAUCAUAGAGUAUUACGCCGACAACUCUGAAGAGUUUAGCAAGCCUAUUCCCGACAAACACGUUCCUGGUAUGGAGGUAGUCACCGAGUCUCUCGGAGUAAUCUUGGCUAUCGAGCCUUGGAACCUCCCUUACUAUCAAGUCAUUCGCGUGGCCGCCUGUCAACUUGCCGCCGGCAACGCAGUGCUGGUUAAGCCGGCGAACAGUGUCGCGGGGUCAGCCUUGUUCUUGGAGAAACUCUUUCUUCAAGCAGGAGCCCCAGCUGGCGUGUUCCAAGUUAUUCUCGCCACUAUCCCCCAAAUCGGCACUCUCAUUGACGAUUUCCGUGUCAGAGGAGUAUGCAUGACAGGCAGCGAGAGGGCUGGCAGAGCCGUUGCAGAACGAGCUGGAAGGAAUCUGAAAAAGGCCGUUCUUGAGCUCGGUGGCUCGGAUCCCUUUAUUGUCCUUGAAGACGCAGAUCUCGAUGAGGCCAUUCGCAUUGGAUUCGACAGCAGGAUGGAGGGCAUGGGCCAAGUAUGCGUGGCUCUUAAGCGCCACAUCAUUGUUGGUCGUGAGCGAGGCGAAAAGUACAAGCAAGGCUUUGCCAAGCUCAUCAAGGGCAUGAAGGUCGGCGAUCCUAAAGAUAGGUCUACCACUGUCGGACCUCUCUUUGCUGAGAUUGGUGUACAAAGACUUCAAAAGCAAGUUGAGGAUGCCAAGGCUGCUGGCGCUACGAUUGUAAUUGGCGGAAACAAAAUUGUUCGCCCCGGUGCCUAUUUCGAGCCCACGCUCAUCACAAACAUCUCAAGAGAGAACCCGCUGUUUUUGGAAGAGACUUUUGGCCCUGUGGCCUCUCUGUACGUUGUUGAUACGGAGGAAGAGGCCAUUGAGCUGGCCAACGCAACUCCCUUUGGCCUGGGCGGUGCGGUUGCCUCUGCCAAUAUCGAGCGCGCCCAGCAGGUUGCUGCACAGAUUGAAGCUGGCAUGGUGUUUAUCAACUCUGGACUCAAUGGCCACCCCGGCCUUGCAUUUGGAGGCGUCAAGAACUCUGGUUUCGGUAGAGAGCUGGGCGAGCUUGGAUUCCACGAGUUUGUCAACAAGAAGACGAUUCGUGUGCAUGAGAAGUAUCUGUAA